AUGGCCGCUCAUGGCUCUGUAAGUAGCCGUCUUUCUCAGAGUCUUAUGGAGGAAGAUAUCCCCGGAGCAUCGCUUCAGGGAAAUCCGACUGCUCUUAAAACAGAUGAACUUCGCUUUUGGUUAAAAUGUCGUGGUGAUCCAGCAAAGGGGUUAAAAACAAAGGCACAAUUGUUGAAAAGGUAAGUACAGUAUUGUUAUUUGUUCGUGAUACUUUUUAGAAUUAAAAGAGACUUUGAUAUUGUAAAUGGAGAUCAAAAGAUUUAGGAGUUAUUUUUCUCGAUGAAAUGUUUCAAAAAUGUAAUGAUUAAUAGUUUUUCUACUUUUCAUUUUGAAGAGUUCUUGAAUAUGUUGUGUCUGGUCGUGAUAAAGAUGUUGUGGAUCCCGAUAAAAAUCUGAUAUUCACGCGUCGAAAGGCGAGACAAGAACAACUCACUCAAAGUGACGCGAUGCCUGAGGAAAGUACUGUUAAAUUUCCAUCAGCCGGAUGGUCUACAAGUUUGCAACGAAUGCCAUUAUUCACAAGGGCAGAGAUGGAUUUACAUAUUUCUAAAUCUGGAAAAAACUUUGACAGAAAUAAACAGAACCAUGCUGUUCCAACAAGCAUGAAAAAGGCAAAAACAUUUCUUGAAGAUGAAUACCUGAAAGACUUAACUUGCGCAAGUGAUGACCAAUAUUUCUAUUUCAAAUGCUUGUGUUACCAUAGCUUUAAAAAAAUGAGCCACCCCACAAAUUAUAAGUUGCACUUUGUUUAGUGAGUGGAGUUGUUAAAUAUGCUUCGUGUACAUGUAUAGCAGGAUCUGUUGGUUUUUGCAAUCAUGUGCUUGCUGUUAUGAUGAAACUCUGUAAGUUCAGCUUGUAUUGUUGUCAAGGUAUUAAGGACUUGGAAAAUGAAUCUGAUAUGACACAAGCUAAGGCAUGCACUUCAAGUUUACAACUAUGGCACAGGCCUGUAAGAGGAGAUAAAAUCAAGCCCCAACCUGUCAUGGAACUUGAGGUAAAAAAGUCAAAUAUAGACACAGAGUAUAACCCUGAUAGUGGAGUAAGGUGCUUGUUGUAUGAAGCUAGGAAAAAUUUGGGUACACAAGCAUCUGAUGAAGCUUUGUUAAAAAACAAGCUUCAAGAGAUCAACCCUAAGUUUGCCUUGUCUCAAAUUAUGUCUACUGGUGGUACCAACUUACAGGAAACAAAAUUUGGAAAAUGUCCAAGUGGCUCAUAUGCAAGUUACCAGUUACAGUUCACAGAGUCUAAUUUUCAAGUUUUCUGUAAUAUUGACUCAGUGCCUAGAGUGGACUGUAAUGAUGAACAAAAUGCUAUUUCCGUAUAUCCUCCAUUCCCUUUGCAACAAUCUGAGCAGUAUGAAAAGCCAGAUGAUUUAAGCAGCAUCCAGGAAGCACUCCUGGAUCAUUUGAUUGUUGAUGAGGCAAAGCUUAAUACCAUAGAGAAGAAAACAAGUGAACCAGCAGCCUCACAGGAAUGGCAGGCUGAAAGGAAAUUUCGGUAUACAGCAUCUAAUUUCCACACAAUUGUAAAAAGGCAAAGGAAUCAUAACACUCUAGUAAAUAAUCUGCUUCAUCCCAAACCAUUCACUGCCAAACAAACUGCACAUGGGAAAACCUAUGAGCCUGUAGCCUUAAGAGAAUAUGAAAAAUAUAUGUUUUCAACAAGGAACCCAGUUUCAGUGUUCAAAAGUGGCCUUGUUGUCAGUAUGGCCUCUCCCUUUUUAGCAGCAUCACCAGAUGGCAAGGUCAUUGACCGAGGCUGUAGCAAGCCUUUUGGGCUGGUAGAGGUUAAAUAUCCCUACUCUAAAUUUCAUGUGAGUCCUUUAGAAGCAUGUGCCGAUGAAACUUUUUAUGCAGAAAAUGUAAAUGGAAAGCCGAGGCUAAAAAGGGGGCACCAGUACCACUUUCAGAUACAGGGUCAACUAGGUAUUACAGGAGCAAGUUGGUGUGACUUUGUUAUCUAUACUAACAAAGGCAUGAGUAUAGAGAGGAUCACAUCUGAUCCUCAAUUCUGGGACUUAUCGAAUGAAGGCCUAAAGAAGAGCUAUUUUGAACAUUUCAUAGCACCAGCUUCUGUGGAGUUCAGUAACCAUUAG